AUGGCCUGUUUCAAGGAAGGACGACGACUGCAUACCGCUUUCCCGUCCCGCCGGCCGAACAUGUUGUUCCUCACCAUCCUGGCCGCUGCCAACGCGGCCCUUGUCGGCGCCACGCCGUCCAGGGUCGCGCCGCGGGCGGCUGCUUGUACACCGAAGGCUGGUGGGAGCAGCUCCAUCGACGACGUGCCCGCCAUCCAGUCCGCCAUCGCUGAAUGCGCGUCUGGAACUAUUGUGUUUCCCGCCGGCACAACAUACUACAUCAACUCUGUGCUCAGCCUCGCCGGUUGCAAAGGGUGCACCCUUCAGGUCGAGGGCGUGAUUAAGGUCUCCUCCGACACGGAGUACUGGAACGGCAAGACUGCCAUCGUCCUGGCACAGAACAUAGACGGGCUCACGGUGACGAGCACCACCGGCUCGGGUGUUUUCGACGGCAACGGGCAGGCCUCGUGGGACAAGUUCGCCACAGACACCUCGUUCCGCCGCCCAACCCUGUUCUACGUCACCGGUUCCAAGAACGUGAAGAUGUCCAACCUGAGCUUCAAGGACGCCCCCAACGUCUUCCACUCCGUGACCGGCGGCUCCAGCAACGUAGCAUACACCAAGAUCUCCCUGUCGGCCGUGAGCAAGAGCAGCAACCUGCCCAAGAACACGGACGGCUGGGACAUCGGCAGCUCCACCCACGUGACCAUCAACGGGGCCACGGUGGCAAACCAGGACGACUGCGUGGCCUUCAAGCCGGGCGCCGACCACGUCGAGAUCUACGACAUCAGCUGCGCGGGCAGCCACGGCAUCAGCGUCGGCAGCCUGGGCUCCAGGCCCGGGACCACCGACACCGUGUCCAACGUCUUCGUGUCCGGGGCCAGGAUGUCGACGUCCACAAAGGCCGCGGGCAUCAAGCUGUACGCGGGGGGCGCCUCCUACGGCACCGCCGUCGUGUCCAACGUCACCUUCAAGGACUUCACCGUCCCCGGCACCGACUACGCCUUCCAGGUCCAGAGCUGCUACAACUCGGACGCCGCCUACUGCGCCAGCAACCCCAGCGCGGCUAAGAUAUCGGGCGUGGUGGUGUCUGGCUUCUCGGGCACCACGAGCACGAGGUACGCGCCUGUCGUGGCCAACAUCAAUUGUCCCAAGGCCGGGUCCUGCGGCAUCGCGAUGAGCGGCAUGGCGGUCAAGGCUGGCUCGGGGACCGCAACGUACCUGUGCGCGAAUACGCCCGGCAGCUUGGGCGUCACCUGCAGCUCGGGGGCAAGCGGCUAA